AUGGUGGUGGAUGCCGCAAGCACGGCCUGGAUGAUGGUCGCCACUUGUCUGGUGAUGUUGAUGACGCCAGGCUUGGCGUUCUUUUACGGUGGCCUGGUGAAGGAGACGAGUGUGUUGACAAUGCUGACACAGAACUUCGUCUCCAUGGGUGUCGCUAGCAUCAUUUGGUUCGCUUUCGGCUUCUCCAUGUGUUUUGCAGAAAGCUGGGGCUUCAUCGGCAAUCCCUGGACCCACUUUGGGUUUCGCAACUUGAGUGUACGAGAGGCACUGCCGGGACAGGUGAUUCCCAGUGAGCUGUUUGCAGCAUACCAAGGUAUGUUUGCUAUCAUCACACCUGCGCUUAUGACGGGCACGUUCACAGAUCGGCUGCGCUUUAAGCCCUAUUUGAUCUUUUUGUGCCUAUGGCUCGUGAUAGUGUAUUUCCCAUGGUGCCACUGGAUCUGGGGCGGCGGUUGGCUUGCUCAGUGGGGCGUUGUGGACUUUGCGGGAGGCAUCGUCGUCCACGUCACUGCUGGUUUUUCUGCGCUGGCAAGCCUGAGCAUUGUAGGUCACCGAGAGAUCCCAGAAGAUGAGAAGCAUAUACACGAGACACCGCAUAACAUUCCGUUUGUGGCGCUUGGCACCGCACUGCUUUGGUUCGGUUGGUUUGGAUUCAACGGUGGCUCCGCAGCCGCAGCGAGCGGCGUAGCGAUCGGAGCAGCAGUGAACUCCCAGAUUGCGGCCAGCGUGGCGCUCUUCCUGUGGCUAGUUAUUGAGUGGCUUCGGUUCGGUAGACCUUCCCUUGUCGGACUCUGCGUUGGUGCGAUAGCUGGCUUUGCGACGAUUACCCCAGCAGCUGGUUACGUGCAACCCUGGGGUGCGUUUGUGUUGGGAAUCGUUGCCACCUUCUUUUGCUACGCCUGCACCGAGCUGAUUAAGCACCUCGGGCUUGAUGAUGCCCUGGAUGUGUGGGGCGUUCAUGGCAUGGGCGGCUUCAUUGGAGCCAUCCUGUUGGGUGCCCUGGCGGAUCCCAGUGCGUGCGCAGAGAAGGCGACGGCGCCUGAUUUCUGCAUUAACCCAGGAAGCAUCACUGCGUCCUUUGCUCAGACCGGCAAGCAGACUGCAGCGGUUCUGCUGUGUGCAGCAUAUUCCGUGGUUGCAACACUCAUCAUUUUGAAGGCGAUCAGCAUGUUCAUGCCUUUGAAGCCACGCAGCCUUCACGUAGACCUUCACGAGCAUCACGAGAAGGCUUACCACAGCCCAAUCCGUGCCUAUGUUGCCAGCGAUCUUGCUGCAAAGCUGCAAGAACCCGCGGACGCUGAAAGUGGGGGUGAUUCGUCCGCUUCUGAAUCGGCAUGA